UUUAGCGAGCACCGGCGCCCGGAAGGUCAGCGUGUGAAGGAGCCGGUGGUAACGCGGGUCUCCCCGCUCUUACCGAGGAGCGACGGCCGAGCAGACUACCUCGGCCGGAGGCGGCGGGGAGAAGCAGACGGGCAGUUUGCUGCGACACCAUGGAGGGCGGCGGGGGUAGUGGCAACAAAACCACUGGGGGGUUGGCCGGCUUUUUCGGAGCCGGCGGGGCAGGCUACUCGCACGCGGAUUUGGCUGGAGUCCCGCUAACUGGUAUGAACCCUCUGUCUCCUUAUUUAAAUGUGGAUCCACGGUAUCUCGUACAGGAUACAGAUGAGUUUAUUUUACCAACUGGAGCUAAUAAAACCCGGGGCAGAUUUGAACUGGCCUUCUUUACCAUUGGAGGAUGUUGUAUGACAGGGGCCACAUUUGGGGCAAUGAAUGGUCUACGGCUAGGAUUGAAGGAAACCCAGAACAUGGCCUGGUCCAAACCAAGAAAUGUACAGAUCUUGAAUAUGGUGACUAGGCAAGGGGCACUUUGGGCUAAUACCCUAGGUUCUCUGGCUUUGCUUUAUAGUGCAUUUGGAGUCAUCAUUGAGAAGACGAGAGGUGCAGAAGAUGACCUUAACACGGUAGCAGCUGGAACUGUGACAGGCCUGCUGUAUAAAUGUACAGGCGGCCUUCGAGGGGCAGCACGAGGCGGCCUAGCAGGACUAACGCUUACGAGCCUCUACGCUCUGUACAACAACUGGGAGCACAUGAAGGGUUCUGUGCUCCAGCAGUCACUCUGAAGAUUCUGCUAGUUUACAAACGGAGGACGCUUAGUAGUCACCCUGAUCAGUUUAUAAGUCAGUCUGGAGGCAUUUACUCUUCUACAACUAAUUUGAAAAACUAGAGAUUCCAAUUUGCUGUGAUGAAGAACAUGGAUGGUUGACCAGGACUGGCACUCCUUCCAGCCUUUACUGAGUUGAAGACAAAACACCCCUUGGCGGCUGAGUGAUGUGGUUCUCCUAAGAAGACCUUGCACCUGUUUUUGCUCGUACCCACUUCUGGAAAACCACUUAAUCCCAGAAUGCAGGCCUGCUUGUCAAUACUGUACCAGCCACAUUUGUUCAUUUAAUGAUCCAAGACUGUAGUAUUGCUCUGUAUUCCCAAUAAAGGGUGAAAAUAGAACUGAA